CAUUUCAGCGAGAGACACUAAAGAAUCAACAACAAGGGAAACAGCCCCUCUGGGGUUGGACCUUAGGAACCAACCCGCCCUGAGCUAACUGGUCAGCAUUUCUGCUGGACCUCACCAUUGGCCCGAGGAGCCCUGACCCGUGACGGACACACGCAUGCGCAGUUCCAUCCCCUUGCUAGCGUUGCCAAGGCUGCCAUGGUCUCCAGUGUUGAAAAGAUUUCACCGCCUAAGUGUCUGGCGUUCCGAACUGACGUGAGCGCGUCUGCAGCAGAGGAUGAAAAAACUUUUUCAUUUUAGAAAGAAAACCCAACCUGAGGCUUGUGUCCCCAUCCCCGCACGGAGGGACGUUGGGGUCAGUGGAGAAUCAGCCGAAGAAGCAUAUAGAAUCCGGAAAAAAGAUGUGGGUAAGCUCCACCAAGCUGCCUCAACUGGAGAUUGUCCGGAAGUACAGUGGUUGCUGCUUGUAAAAGGAAAGGAUAUAAACGAACUAGAUCAAUUCAACAGGACAGCUCUGCACCUGGCCUGUGCCGCUGGCUAUCCAGAUGUUGUGUCUCUCUUAGUAGAGAGACACUGCAAACUGGACGUUUGCGACAGCAACCACCGCACUCCUCUAAUGAAGGCUGUACAGUGCCAGCAGGAGGAGUGUGUGAGCAUCCUGCUCCUCCAUGGGGCAGACCCCAAUAUGGUGGAUGAGAGCAGCAGCUCGGCCCUCCAUUAUGCAGCCUCUGGCUACAGCACCGCCAUAGCAGUGAAGCUACUGGAAUGGAAGGCUGACAUUGAAGCCAAAGAUGGGCAUGGCUUUACACCACUCUUGCUUGCAGUUAAGAACCAUCAUGAAGAAAUGGUCGAUUUAUUUUUAAAAAAUGGAGCAAAUGUCAAUGGCUGCGAUGAUUGCAGAAGAACAGCUCUCAUGAUUGCCCUUAGCAGUAAUAGUACCCCAACAAGCCUAAUCAAACUUAUUCUUCAGUAUGAUGUUGACCUCUCUUGUCAAGAUUAUUUUGGAAGGACAAUUAAAGACUAUCCUUAUUCCAGUCAUGCUAAAGUGUAUUGGAUAAUGAAGGCUCCUGGCUCACUGACAUACUUGAUGCAAGAUUCCAUGUUAUCAUGUCGCCCAGCCUGCUCAGCCAGUUUGACCUUCUGUACCAACUCCUUUUCAUCCAUGCCCGAAUAUUCAGUGCCUAGAGUGAGUGGUGACUUCAAAUGGACAAACUGGGGUUCUGUGGUGUCUCGUCAUCGGGAAUUAGUUCUCCAGUAUGUGAAGAGUAAACUUAAUGAACCCUGUGUAGCUGAAAUCAGUAGUCCAGAUGUGACUUCGGAUAUUUCAUUUACUUCAGGUGGACCAGUCUUGGACAAAAAAGUGGCGGAACAGAAUUCCCCAGAAGUCUCCAGGAGCAGAUUUUCUGAUAAACCUGGGCUUGAUGAUUCCUGGUCAUCCUCAGAUGAAGAAUUAGAUUUUAGUAUUCAGAACCCUCCCAAGCUGAACUUAAAGAAACUAAUAACUGCCACUCCGCAAAUAAGGAGAAUCAAAGAUGAAAAAAGUAGCACUGUCAAAACAGAACUUAGAACUUGUCUUAGCCAUAACCAAACAGAUAAUGAAAAAGAAGAUGUCACAGAUUCCCUUCUUCAUCCUUCAUCCCAAGCCCAGUACUCCCUUCAUCCUGCCCAUCUCUCACCUGGUACCUUUUCAAUGCCUGUCCAGAAGUUGUCUGCCCCUGUAGACAGCAAUAAGAGAGUCUCUGAAAAUCUUCCCAAAGGAUCUACAAGACAAAAAUCUGCAGCCACCACACCAACAAUGAAAGAAGUUUUUUCAAGUGGACAACUUGAAGAUUAUACUGAGAAAUAUCAUAAACUGCAGUUCACUCAACCUACUCUUGAAAUAAAAGAUUCUUUCACAAACCAAGAAACAAAAAAAGGCAUUAAGAAAAAAGAAAAAUCAGAUCCAGGACACAGAGUCGUGAGGAAUCCUGGAGUCAGUCCUAAAAGAUGGGGGUUUUCCAAGGCAGAGGUCAGCCCGAUCACUCUCUCCCUUCCUCUGGAUGCUGUAGCUCUUGGACAUAAACAAUGGCUGAGGCCAGCUCUAUCCAGUAGGGCGUCUCCCAGUACUUCUCUGAAAAGUGUGACUUCUAGGACAUCAAAGCACGUUCAUUUUGAUGUAGUGGAAGAGAGUUCCUCAGAAGUUUCUAUAAGCAGAUUUUCUGAUAAACCUGGGCCUGAUGAUUCCUGGUCAACCUCAGAUGAAGAAUUAGAUUUUAGUAUUCAGAAACCCCCCGACUUGAACUUAAAGAAGCUAAUAAAUGCUUCCCAGCAAAUACGGAGAAUCAUAGAUGAAAAAAGUAGCAGUGUCAAUACAGAACUUAGAAUAUUUCUUGGUCACAACCAUUCAGAUAAUGAAACAGAUGUCACAGAUUCCCUUCCUCAGCCUUCAUCUCAAAUCCAGUAUUCCCUUAAUCCUGUCCAUCCCUCACCCGGCACCUUUUCAAUGUCUGUCCGGAAGGUGUCUGCCCCCAUGGACAUUAAUAAGGAAGAAUUAAUGGACACAGAAGAGGAACCAAAGAACGAUGGCAUGUUAAUGGUCAAUAAUGCCACUAGAGAACAAAGACAUGAUGAAACUCCAAAUUCUCCGAGUGAACUUGGAGCUCACAGCAUGUCACAGAAGUGUGCUGUUAGAAAAGAUCUGAUGUCAGCAUUCACAGGGGGAGAGGAAGAAGAUGCAGAAUCACCCUGGGAUUCAGAGGUUGAAGAACAAAAGAACAAGCCUCAACACAAUGUAAUGGAAACAAUGGAAGAAGAAAAUGGAGUUAAAUUAACUGAAGAUAAAAUGGUUGUCAAUGUUAAUGAGCUGGUAUUUUCUGUAAAGAAUAAUCAGCACACUAAAAGUGAGGGGAAUAAAAUUCCUGUAGAAGAAAUUCAAAAAAUGAGCAUUGAUUGUUCCACAGAAAUUUCAGCACUUGUGAAAAAUCAAUUAAAGUGGUAAAAAAAUAUUUAAAUGGAGUAUUUAACAGUAAGUUAACACUUUAAAGUAAAAGUAAAACUUUAUUUUGAAAAUUGGAAUUCAGAUAUAUUGUACAUUAACUUCCAGCUUUUUUCCCUUAAGAAUGAAAUAAAAACCCAAAUAUUCUUUCUCUUUUA